AUGGCGACAUCAACACUACCCUCGGCCCUCUCUUUCCCGCCCGCGACAUUCGCCAAACUCUCGCCUGCUCCUUACCUCCUCGCGCACCUCGACCCGUCAUCCUCGUCCGCCUCGCCAACACGACCAAGCGGUCGUUCGCCGCAACAAUGCCGUACACCCUCAGUCAACACCGGUUCUCUUACACACGCCAAUGGUAGUGCCGUGGUGAGACUAGGUGACAGCGCCGUCGUUUGCGGUGUACGCGCCGAAGUCCUACGCGCAUCAGACGUCCCCCACCCAUACCGCGGUCCCCAAGAUAGCAAACGCGAAAUCGAAGAGUUGGGUCUACUGGUCCCCAACAUCGAGCUCAGCACCGGCUGUUCACCAGGCUUUCUUCCAGGAAACGCUCCUGGCACGCUGGCGCAAUCUCUGACACAAAGACUGCUCUCGCUGCUACAUUUGUCAAAAUUGGUGCAUGUCGAAGAUCUCAAGGUCAAAUACCAACCCCCAGAGACCGAGGACGACUUACCGGAUGUUCCGCCCCAGUUGCAGACAAAGGCAUACUGGGUUCUCUACAUCGAUCUGCUAGUCAUCAGUCUGGACGGAAACCCAUUCGACGCCGCUUGGGGCGCCAUCUUGGCUGCCCUGUCAGACACAAAACUGCCCAAGGCCUGGUGGGACGCCGACCGCGAAACCGUACUCUGCUCCGACCGACUCUCUGAGGCCAAAUCACUCACCAUUGGCAACAUCCCCGCAUCCUUGACAUUCGCCGUCUUCACGACUGCCGCACCCCAGAAGAAGCCCGAGGAUUCGAAGAACUGGGUUCUGGCUGACCCUGAUGGUUUCGAGGAAGAGCUGUGCAAUGAGAGUAUCACGAUCGUGGCUACGGAAAAGUCUAUUUUGAGGAUUGAAAAGAGAGGUGGUGGUUUCGUGGACAGAGAGGCCAUGAGAGAGCUCGUUGCUCACACUCAGAGCAGAUUGGGCGACUGGAAGCAAGCCUUGACUCAGCAACAGAGAUGA